GACAAGGAGAACACUCGUGUCACUUUUUCCACGGAGGUGCUGGAGUGGAGAGAGCCGUCCAUGAUGCCGCUCUUCUUUCURCUCCUUCUCUCCCCGCUCCCAGGACUGGGGGAGCGCAGCCACCAAGAAGACUUCCGUUUCUGUGGUGAACGAAAUCAAACAGAGAACAGCUCUGUCAUCUACGAGCACGGUCCCGCCACCAUCUCCAUYGAGAACACGGCCCAGGCACUCACAAUAAAAAGGCCCUUUUUGCCCAGCCACAGAAACACUUAUUACAAGUACAACUUGCCUCUGCCUUUGGGCAGGUACCGCUUCUGUGUCUACUGGUUCAAGCCCAACAGGACCCUCAAACUCGUGUAUGGAAAGCAGCACUUUCUGUUGGGAAAAGACUUGUCUCAUAACAACAUACGGAGCAAAGAAAACCAGAAGACUGAGAAGAACAGCAGCUCUAUCUUCAAUGUUUCCUAUAUUAUGAAGGGCAAGAGGAACACAUCCCUUGASAGUAGACCUAAUUUCUUCUUCCCUGCCACGCCGGAAAACAUGCCUGUCUGGGAGCAGGACGUAGAGAAGGAGCUGAGCGACUUAGACAGGCUYGUGGGGAGGUCCCCUGUGGCGGCUGCGGGAGCCCCAGGGCACAGAACCUUUCGCAGCAAACUGCAGGAGUUUGAGAAGAAGCUGGCCAAGGUGGAGUUUGAAGGGCAGAACCGGACUUUUGGGCAGGCUGCCAUGCACGCAACUGUCCUGAAGAUCGAACCUGGUCACGCUCCUCAAGAUGUGGCCUUUGCUUCCCAGAGAGAGGAGGGCAGAGAGGUCCAUGGCUUCAUGGUGGACCUGCCCAGCAGCCUGUUCGUGAAGGUGAAGGACAAGGAGGAGAUGGUGGAGCACAGGGUGCUCCUCAUGGAUAUCAACAGCCAGACCAUGUUCCAGGAUGAAAACAGCAGUCGUGUCCUGGGUGACAAGGUGGUUGGCAUCUCCCUGGUGGACACAGUCGUGGCCAACCUCUCCGAUCCUGUGGUCCUCACUUUCUUCCACAAACAGCUGCCGAGGAACGUGACCCCACUGUGUGUCUUCUGGCAGGAGGACACCACGUCAAACGUUGGUAAYUGGAACAGCUAUGGUUGUACAACAGUGAAGGGGGAUAAACGGACAGACUGCAGAUGCAACCACCUCACCUACUUUGCUGUGCUCAUGAUAUCCUCCCCGGAGAUCACCUAUAUACACAGGGCUUACCUGAGUAUCAUAACAUACGUUGGCUGUCUUAUCUCAGCUUUGGCAUCCAUCUGCACCAUCUUCUUCCUUUAUUUCAGAAGCAAACAACGAGACCAAAUCACAAGCAUGCAUAUCCACAUGAACCUGCUGUGUGCCAUUUUCCUCCUGGAUGUCAACUUCCUCAUCUCGGAGCACUUGGCUUCCAGCAGCAGUGAGGCAACCUGCAGAGCUGGGGGGCUGUUCCUGCACUUCUCUCUCCUGAGCUGCCUGACGUGGAUGGGCAUCGAGGGCUACAACCUCUACCGACUCGUGAUUGAAGUCUUCAACGCCUACCACAAUCACUUCCUCCUCAAGCUCUGCUUAGUGGGCUGGGGUAUCCCCUUCUUUUGUGUGAUGUUGAUCUUCUUUGCUAACUGGACGAACUAUGGCCCAUUCUCCAUUCCAGUCUACGAAUCCAUUGGUGGCAAAUCCACUAAUGCAACCAUAUGCUGGAUCACAAGCCCUCUGAUCCACAAUGUAGUGAACCUUGGUUUCUUCAGCCUGGUGUUCCUCUUUAACUCAGUCAUGCUGGGGGCCAUGGUCCGGGAGAUCCUCAGGCAGAACAAGAAAGGCCACAAGAUGAAGCAUGUCCUAGCCCUGUUUGGGCUGAGUGUCUUGCUGGGCAUCCCAUGGGCAUUGGUCUUCUUUUCCUUCACCUCUGGCGUUUUCCGCCUUGUCUCCCUCUACAUCUUUACCACCAUCAACUCUCUCCAAGGUUUCCUCAUCUUCCUCUGGUACUGGACAAUGGUGCUGCAGGCAAGAAAGUCCACUGACUCCCAGAGCAGCUCUGACAGCAUGAAACUGCAGCCCAACAGCAGCCAGAGCCAUCCYGACUGAGCCCUCGCGCCGCUGGUGCCGCGGGGCUCCCUUGCCAGCAAGCUCCGGCCAGGAGGACGCUGGUGGGGAGGGAGCUGGAGCCGUCUUGCUUUGCUACCGCACCUGCCCCACACGGCUACUAGGAAUGCAGAGGAACCUGCAGCGGGGUCCGGCUGCGCCCUCCUGCCUGCUUCCCGCCGCACCGAGCACCCCGGCAUGGUGGCGAGCGCUGCCCCUCGCCCGGCACCUGCCAGUGCCGCCUCGCUGCGCGUUCGCUCCGUGCCGGGGCCUGGGCYCUGGGCUCCCGCCUGGGUGCAGCUCGGGGUGCCUGCACAGGGCAGAGCUGCCGGGAGACGGGGCUGGUUCCUGGGUGGAAGGACAUGUAUGGUAUGGGGCAGGCUCUCCUUGCUCGUGCGGGGAAUGAGGGCUGCAGUGACCGGCGGAGGACAGAGCUCCUCUCCCUAGGAGGCCACCUGGUUUCUCCUCCAUCAUGCCCAGGCCUGUCCUCUGCAGCRGCUGAAAAAGGCCCCAUUCUAGCCCCUCGUGGUGGUGGAGGUUUCCGAGAGGGUCCUUCCCCAAUGAAGACUGAAUAACUCUGUCCCAGUGAUACCCUCCAGCAGCUGGAUUCAUCUAUUUUUGUUAUUUUGUUGAAUUGUUUCUAUAUUUUUAUAUGGUGUAGAAGAUUAACAUACGUGCUUGCCCAUCAGAACUGUGCCCAUUAAAACAUUCCUGCUC